GCUUCGAGGGGGCGAGAGGUGUGGCUUGGCUGUCAGGUCCCUUUGCCUUUUGUUCGGUUACUGAGUUGCUGCGGUGGCCAGAGUCCGGAGCAGCCGCCGCCCGAGCGCGCCGAGCUCAGUUCGCUACCCGCGCCGGCUCCCUCCCGGCCCAACCCCGACCCGACUCGGCCCGGCCCGGCUCCGCGCUCAGCAGCCACCAUGGAGGUGAUGAACCUGAUUGAACAGCCCAUCAAGGUGACUGAGUGGCAGCAGACGUACACCUAUGACUCAGGCAUCCACUCAGGUGUCAAUACCUGUGUGCCCUCCGUCAGCAGCAAGGGCAUCAUGGACGGGGAGGAUGCCUGUGGCCGGCAGUACACCCUCAAGAAGACCACCACCUAUACACAGGGGGUGCCCCAGAACCAAGGUGACCUGGAGUACCAGAUGUCCACGACAGCCAGAGCCAAGCGGGUGCGGGAGGCCAUGUGUCCAGGGGUGUCAGGCGAGGACAGUUCUCUACUGCUGGCCACCCAGGUGGAGGGGCAGACCACCAAUCUGCAGCGACUGGCGGAGCCAUCUCAGCUGCUCAAGUCGGCCAUCGUCCAUCUCAUCAACUACCAGGAUGAUGCAGAGUUGGCCACCCGGGCCCUGCCUGAGCUCACCAAGCUGCUCAACGAUGAGGACCCGGUAGUGGUGACCAAGGCGGCUAUGAUUGUGAACCAGCUGUCCAAGAAGGAGGCAUCCCGCCGUGCCCUAAUGGGCUCGCCCCAGCUGGUGGCGGCUGUGGUGCGUACCAUGCAGAACACCAGUGACCUGGAUACAGCCCGAUGCACCACCAGUAUCUUACACAACCUCUCCCAUCACCGGGAGGGGUUGCUUGCUAUCUUCAAGUCUGGAGGCAUCCCUGCCCUAGUCCGAAUGCUCAGUUCUCCCGUGGAGUCUGUCCUGUUCUACGCCAUUACCACACUGCACAACCUGCUGCUGUACCAGGAGGGCGCCAAGAUGGCAGUGCGCCUGGCAGAUGGGCUGCAGAAGAUGGUGCCCCUACUCAACAAGAACAACCCUAAGUUCCUGGCCAUCACCACUGACUGCCUACAGCUCCUGGCCUAUGGCAACCAGGAGAGCAAGCUCAUCAUCCUGGCCAAUGGGGGACCCCAGGGGCUCGUGCAGAUCAUGAGGAACUACAGCUAUGAGAAGCUCCUCUGGACCACCAGCCGUGUGCUCAAGGUGCUCUCCGUGUGUCCCAGCAACAAGCCUGCCAUUGUGGAGGCCGGUGGGAUGCAGGCUCUGGGCAAGCACCUGACGAGCAACAGCCCCCGCUUGGUGCAGAACUGCCUGUGGACUCUGCGCAACCUCUCGGAUGUGGCCACCAAGCAGGAGGGUCUGGAGAGCGUGCUGAAGAUCCUGGUCAACCAGCUGAGUGUGGAUGACGUCAACGUCCUCACCUGCGCCACAGGCACCCUCUCCAACCUGACCUGCAACAACAGCAAAAACAAGACACUGGUGACGCAGAACAGUGGUGUGGAGGCGCUCAUCCACGCCAUCCUGAGAGCCGGCGACAAGGAUGACAUCACAGAGCCUGCUGUCUGUGCCCUGCGGCACCUUACCAGCCGCCACCCGGAGGCUGAGAUGGCCCAGAACUCUGUGCGUCUCAACUAUGGUAUCCCGGCCAUUGUGAAGCUGCUGAACCAGCCCAACCAGUGGCCACUGGUCAAGGCAACCAUCGGCCUGAUCCGGAAUCUGGCCCUGUGCCCGGCCAACCAUGCCUCACUGCAGGAGGCUGCAGUCAUUCCCCGCCUUGUUCAGCUGUUGGUCAAGGCCCACCAGGAUGCUCAGCGACAUGUGGCCGCAGGCACCCAGCAACCCUACACGGACGGUGUGAGGAUGGAGGAGAUAGUGGAGGGCUGCACUGGAGCUCUGCACAUCCUCGCCCGGGAUCCCAUGAACCGCAUGGAGAUCUUCCGGCUCAACACCAUUCCCCUGUUUGUCCAGCUCCUGUAUUCCUCCGUGGAGAACAUCCAGCGUGUGGCUGCCGGAGUGCUGUGUGAGCUGGCCCAGGACAAGGAGGCUGCCGAUGCCAUCGAUGCUGAGGGCGCCUCUGCCCCUCUCAUGGAGCUCCUCCACUGCCGCAAUGAGGGCACCGCGACCUAUGCUGCCGCCGUCCUGUUCCGCAUCUCGGAGGACAAGAACCCAGAUUACCGUAAACGAGUGUCUGUGGAGCUCACCAACUCGCUCUUCAAGCAUGACCCAGCUGCCUGGGAGGCUGCCCAGAGUAUGAUCCCAAUCAACGAACCCUAUGCGGAUGACAUGGAUGCCACCUACCGUCCCAUGUACUCCAGCGAUGUACCUCUGGACACCCUGGAUAUGCAUAUGGACAUGGAUGGGGACUACCCCAUGGACACCUACAGCGACGGCCUGAGGCCUCCCUACCCCACUGCCGACCACAUGCUGGCCUAGCUGGCUCCUUCUCGGAGCUGUUUCUCACCUGGGAAGCUCUCGAGCAGACUGUGGGAUGAGACAAGAAAAGUACCCGAGCCCCCGGAGCCAGCCUGGACUUCCUGCUGAACCCAUGCUCCAGAGAGUUCCUCCGUAGGGUUUCUUGGGAUGGUGUCUGCUCCUGCUUUUCUGUCCUGGGCUGUGGAUCCAGGCCCAGCACUUUCUCCCCACCCCCACUAUGGCUAUGGCCACUAAAGCUUUAGACUCAGCCUGUGCCCCUCCACAGCAACCCUCUCUGCUCUGUUCCAGUUGCCUGGGCCCCCCAGGGCUUCCUUCCCACUCCACCCCCCACAACCCACAACCUUCCACCCCGGGGCCAAUUUUCUCACUGAACGUCAGCAUCCAACUGCCCUGACUUCCUGGGAUAUCCAAGACACAGGUUCAAAGCCCCAAACCCUGACAUCCAAAGCUUCUUUUGAAAACGUCAGGGACCUUCCAGGGGGAGAGAGUGGGGACCCUAAGUGCCCCCUCCAGGACCUGCCCUUCUCUCCAGGAUGCUGUCUGCUUUGCCCCUCUCCAGGGGAGCUCUUGGUGAACCCCCCUCACUUUGCUCCACACUGGCCUCCCGCUGACUUGCAGAAGUGCUCUAGCUCACCCCUCUGGUGUGUGGUGAGGGGCUUUCUCUUCCCCUUCCUGGCUGACUCCCACCACCACCUCCUGCACAUGGGUUUGGGGGGACAGAAAGGGGAGUUCCAUCAGAGAGUUUUAUUAUGAUUGCUUUAUGUUUUUGGUUAUUGGUUUUUCUUUUCUUUUUGUUUUUGUAUAGACCAAAGCAAAGAAAAUAAAAUAACACACAGAUCCAAUGGAAGCUGUUAAAGCAUUAUGGUGUAGGGGAAGGAAGGGGUGUAUGGCAGGGGUGAGGGGCCUCUCCUAGCAGCCCGGCAAACCCCUUGCCUGAGCCUUGUGUGUCCUCAGGGCUGGGUGGGGCAAAUGGUGAGAAGGGAGUGUUAGAAGAGCUGGGGUCGAUGUAAUGAUUUAAUUCCGUAUUCACAUAGCACUUCAGGAGUCUAGGACACAGGAUAGGGGACGGAGGAGCUUCUGCUUAAUUGACACAGGCUGUUUUGUUCCACAGGCAAGCUCCUUGCUGGCCUCAGCCUCUGCUGCCCUGUAUAAUGUGGUUGGGACAGAUGUCUGCAGCCUAAGGCUUGCUAAUCCAGACUCUUGUUGGCCACUCGUGGGCCCGCCCCAGCUCCCGCCCACCUCUCCCCUUGAUUCCUUG